GUGACGAACACAAUUGAAUUGCACUCAUCCUUGCCGUCAUCUCUGCGUUUUUUUCUUAUUGUUGGAGAAUGGCCGUAUCCAACUAGAGGUCUUCAUUAUUCUCUUCCUCAUAAAGUCCUUUACCCGAGCCGAUGGGUCCGCCUUUCUGGCUCUUCGUGGUCUGCGGGUUGUUCGCCUGGGCCAGUUCCGUAUCAGGCGGUGCUCCCCACCAUCAACACCAGGAGAACGUCCAAACACCGCUGGGCAUCGCAGAGGGCAUUGUGAAUGGUAGUGCGGUCAGAUUCUCAGUCAAGUACGCGUCGGCGGAAAGAUGGAAGGAAUCCCAAGUCGUAUCAACAUGGUCGUUGCCCAACGGAUUCAGUGAUGCUAACAAGAUGCCUCUUGCCUGUCCGCAAGGCACCUUGGACGCGUCGGCGUACUCCGAGGACUGCCUGUCCAUGGUCCUGUACGUUCCCAGGGAUUUCCUUGCAUCAGGGUGCAGUGAUGCUCCUACGUUUAUGUGGAUUCAUGGAGGCUCGUUUACCGAGGGAUUCGCUAGUGACUACGGUUUGGAUGGAUCCAUAUUUGCUGUCGCCACCAACUCCAUCGUCGCGGUCGUACAGUACCGCCUAGGAGCUCUUGGAUUUAUGGUCCCGGAUGGCAACGCGAAUCUGGCUGUAAAGGACAUGAUCAAUGCCAUGAAAUUUCUCCAAACCGUAGUCCGAUCUUUUGGAGGAAAUUCUUCUAAAAUUACGCUAGCAGGUCAGAGUGCGGGUGCCAUGAUGAUUCGCUCUCUGCUUGCUGCUCCAUCGGCGUCGUCACUGUUCCAGUCUGCAAUCAUACAGUCUGAUCCUAUGAACUACGGCUUUCUCAACAUUUCCACCCAGCAGACCCUUCAAAGUUACUACAACGAGCUCAUUGUCUGUGACUCAACAAAUUCCACCUGUUGGGAGUCUGUAUCCGUCGACGAGAUUCUGGAAGCCCAGACGACUCUCUACAACAACGCUUCCGCCAUAGACGCGUCGGCAAGCUUCGUGAUACCCCUACGACCCGUGCGGGACGACGUCCUUAUCACCACUCCGCUCGACUCGACUGCAAAAUUUCCCGCAGUCACCAAACCGAUCCUCAUCACCUCCGUCCUUGAUGAGGCAGCGGCCACCAUCUACGACCUGUUUCCCGAUAUCGUGCCUCAGACAUCAUUUGAUGCCAUCCUAUCCGAGUUGCUGGGGGCCGACAGAGCUGCCACAGUUGUGUCGUCGAGUUACUACCAGUCUAAUGAAUCUGAUGCGCGCGAUCUAUUAGUGAAACUCGGGACAGAUUACGUGUGGAGAUGUCCAGAUUGGACCAUGGCGCGAAAUUGGGUCAAUAAUGGUGGCUCCGCGUUUGUGGGCCUCUUCACAGUCGGCGCCCACUAUUAUAGCAAUGCAAAUAUCCCAUUCUGUCAGGAGGAGGGGGCAGUAUGUCACUCAGACGACAUUGAGAUUGUGUUUGGCACCGUAUCAAAUCCCGACAUUGCGCAAGCCAAACUGAUUUCUCAAAUCCAGCAACGGUAUAAAUCGUUUCUCAACGCAGGGCAUCCCAACCCACUGGGUCUUCCAGAGUGGCCUGCAGCGGGGAAGACCAAAGUUCACACAUAUAAACUCGGCGAAUGUGGCAAAGUUAAAAUUGGAGCUUGUACGCCUGCCUUUUGGGGUUCCGCCGUAGAGUAUGAUUACCAGGUAUACGAUAUCUGAUUAACGUGGACUACGAAAAUGAUUACCGCACAUUCGCGUCUAGUCUAGGGCAGUUUCUGUAUUACCACUUGCAUACCCUUCGCUUUCUUGUCUUCAAAAAUGCUCAUCAGUAAUUCAUCUGCAGGGAAGAACCACAUAAUUAUCAUAUCUGGUGAGUCUUUUUACAGAACAGGCUUCGCAUCCCUUGACAAACAAGAACGGCGGAGUCCACAGAGUCUACGUGUGUAAGCAUGAAAGAAGUAGGCUUCUAGUCUUGCAUCGGAGGUGU